AUGGGUGUAGAAUCCAUUGAUACAGACUGCACUGCAAACACCUCCAGAGACAGCUUCAAGUCCGGCACAGCAUUCCACGGUUUUGAUGACGAUACAUUUUCCUACACUGACACGGUCGAGUUGUCCGUGACGGAGGCCAACACAGGGAGCAGAGAAUGGAGGCCCCGAGUCAAGGAAUGGCUCGUUCUGAUUUGCGUCUCGAUCUUGACCAUGUUGGUUGCUUUUGAUGCGACGAUGGUCAUACCAUUCAUACCUGGCUUAUCCCUCACGUUUGGAGAACCCCUCAGUAGCACACUAUGGCUCAACUCAUGCUAUCUACUUGCCAGCGCAACGGGACAGAUGUUCUUUUCGAUACUGGCCGAGGUAAUCGGGCACGGGCCUCUUUUGGUCGCGGCAGCUGUCGUCUCAACAAUCGGGACGGGAGUGUGUGGUGGCUCCUUGCAACUAUCCGAGCUAGUCGCUGGUCGAUUCAUACAAGGACUAGGCGGAGGGGGCGUGCUGUCUGUUUCGCUGCUCUGCCUGGCAGAGAAUAUACCCGACAAACACCUUGUACGCUUCUCUAGCUAUGUUUCCCGGGUCCGCCUGGUGGGAGCCAUCCUUGGCCUGGUCAUGGGCACCUUGUUCUACGAGUACAUUGCCUGGCGAGGGGCGUUUUACUCGAGCUUCUUCUUCUGUGCGCUCGGCAUGCUCGUGAUACCCUUUGCGGUUGAGCUGAGAGGCCAUCGGGGUAUCUCGUCACGGACGUUGUUGAAGAUGGACUGGUUGGGCGCUGUGCUGACUCUCCUGGCGCUGUGCUGUUUCCUUAUAGGGAUCAGCUGGGGAGGAACGAGCUAUCCUUGGAGCGACUGGCGGGUGCUGACUCCCCUUGUUCUCGGAACAUCCUCGACACUCGUCCUAGCUCUAUAUGAGACGAAUUGGGCUGUUCGACCGUUUUUCCGCAAGAACGAUUUCAGGACUCUCCCCGCGCUGAUGAUGUACAUCGGCAGCUUCUUGCACGGUUUCACGCUCUUCUACCAUUUACAGAACCUAACCAUAUAUUUCAUCUUCGUCCGCUCGCUUCCUCUCCCACUCACCGCAGCCAGCCUCGCCUCUAUAAUGGCUCUCGCCCUCUUCGCCCUAGCCCUGACAGAAAAGCUCCCAGUUCUGGACGACCGUCGCCACUCCUUUUGGCUGGUCCGUGUCGGAUGGAUGCUUAUCAUUCUCUGCACAGGAUGUCUCGUAACAUUGGACUCUACCACUCCAACCGCCGGAUGGAUCCUCGUCCUCGUCGCUACAGGCACGGGCCAUGGAUGCCUGGUCUCCGGCUACCAAAAGUGCCUUCGGCCAGCACCAGUGCCACGAGACUAUGGCGACCAGGAGGAAAGAAGCAUUAACCCUACGUCUGCUCUACUGAUGUGCUCGCUUUUCCGGACAGUGGGAAUGUGUAUCGCUGUCACUGUCAGCGGGACGAUGUUUUUGGACCACGUCGCGGAGGAACUCAAGGGCCAGUCCUUUGAAAGCGCUCAUGGACAGACUACGGAGACAGCUUGGGCCCGCAUACCGGACGAUCGGUUCCGGAGCACCUGUACAGCCAGCCUUGAGUUUCUGUGCCACCGCGUCGGCGUGCGCAACCGCGACGAUCGCUUCCCGGGGCUGACGCACGAGGGCGACGACUGGCGCUAUGAGCUUGAGAAGGAGGCCGAGAAGCGGGCGGAGGAGCUGCGGGCGAAGGCGAAGACGGGGGAGCUGCUUACCGUGCGGGGCUUUUUGGCGAAGCAGGAGGACUUUCAUUUGAGGAGGCCGGAUGUGCAUCCGAAGCAUUGGCGAUAUGUGCUGCAUACGACGGAGGAGUUUAUCAAAGAGGAGCAGCCUUGGUUGAUUAAUGAGAAGAAGAAGGAGCAGGAAGAGAAGGACAAGGAGAAGGGAGGCGAGCAGCAGCAGGAUGGGACUGACGGCUCGGAGAAGAAGCCUGCCGAGUCAGAUCAGGGCGAGAAGAAGGAAGGGGGUAAAGAGGAAGACUCGCAACCGAAGUAUACCCCGGAGCAACAGGCACCCUUGGAGUAUCUGAAGCAGGAGGCAGAGUUUAUGCGCUCCUUGAAAUCGAACGACGGGAUGGGACGUUCGCCUGUGGGGUGUUCCUUCAUCCCAGGAGAGAUCGAUGAAGCCGAUCAGUUCACCCCCGACAACUGGGUUCCUCGGACGGACCAUUUGAUUCGAAUCACCGGAAAGCAUCCCCUGAAUGGAGAGCCACAGCUGGUCGAACUCCUCGAUGCAGGCCUCAUCACCCCCAAUUGGCUACACUAUGUGCGCAGUCACGGCCAAGUACCUCACCUCCUCUGGGAGAACCACAAGCUGGAGAUCUCAGCCGGCAAGUCAUUGACUUUGUUCAUGGAUGAUUUGAAGGAUCAGUUCAACAGCAUCAACAUUCCCGCCCUGAUGGCGUGCGACGGAAAUCGGAGGAAGGAGCUCAAUCUGAUCAAGCGCAGCAAAGGAUUCAACUUCGGCCCUGGCGCCGUAGGUUGUGCCUAUUGGAAGGGUGUGCUCGUGCGAGACGUCCUGCUCAUGGCGGAUAUCCUGCAGCUGAUGGAUGAAUACAAGGAUGUGCGUCUCUGGGUGAAUUUUGGAGGUGCCGAGCUUCUCAGCGAAGGAAAGUACGAGACCUCCAUCCCCCUCGACUACUGCAUGGAUCCUUGCAAUGAUGUGAUCCUUGCCUACGAGAUGAAUGACUCUCCACUGCCUGCGGACCAUGGCUACCCGUUGCGUCUGGUGAUUCCCGGGUACGUGGGCGGACGUUCGGUGAAGUGGCUGGAGAAGAUCUGGGUGACCGACUAUGAAAAUGACACGUAUUACCACAUCUUCGAUAACCGGGUCGUUCCCAGCUUCGUGACCGACCGGUUUGACGAGAUAGGCCAGACCAUGUAUCAUCACCCGAGUACGGCGUGCAUGGAACAGAUGCUGAACUCGGUCAUCGCGAGGCCGGCGCAAGGGGAGAGGAUAGAUCUGGCGGAAAUGAGAAAGGGCAAAAAAUAUCGGAUCACAGGUUAUGCGUAUAAUGGGGGUGGGAACGAGGUACAGAGGGUUGAAGUCAGUCUCGAUGGUGGUGCCAACUGGCUGUAUUGUGUUCGCAAGGAAAUUCUGGCUUGGUUGCACUGGCAUGUGGACAUCGACAUCACGCAGCUACUUCGCGCUGAGCAGAUCACAGUCCGUUGCUGGGAUGUGAACAAGAACACUCAGCCGGAAAAGCCGACGUGGAAUCUCGAGGGCAUGAUGAACAACUCCCAUUACAUCGUCAAGUCUGAAACCUCAGUGGACCCGACAGACAACAAGUCGUACCUGCUGUUCCGUCACCCUGUUGAACCAGGCACUGGCGAGAAUGGGUGGAUGAAACCAUCGAUCAGUAUCCAGAAGGAAGAUAUCCGACGAUCAGCAGCCGUUCCCGAGAAACAAUUUACCCGUGAGGAGAUUGAAAAACACACCACAGAUCAGGAUUGCUGGAUUGUCAUCAACGGUAAGGUAUACGGUGCCACCAGUGUACUGAGCUGGCAUCCAGGAGGAAAAGCGCCCAUUAUGGCCCACGCGGGCCGGGUCCACCAAGAGACGACGGAGGAAUACGAAAGUAUCCACGAUGAUUAUGCUGUUCAGAAAUUAGAGGAGUGCCUCCUGGGAUCCGUCACCCAGAAAACGUCAGAGUUCAUCAAGAAGGAAGCCGAAGAAACGGCCAAGGAGAAAGCGAAAUCAGCAGAAGGUGAAGAGGAGGUCGCACUCAAGCGUCACAAGACCGGCUUGUCGUUCGUCCAUACACCCCUACCCGACCCAUCCUGCCGUCCGAAAAAGACGGCACAUUCGACCUCGUGGUCAAAACGUACUUCCCUAGUCCGGCACGACCAGGCGGCACAACCAGGCGGCACAACCAGGCGGCACAACCAGGCGGCACAACCAGGCGGCACAAUGAGCAAUAUACUUGACUGUGUACAGGAAGGCGAGGAAAUCGAGGUGAAAGGGCCCGCAGGCGAGAUUCGAUACCGCGGGAAGGGCGAAUUUCUCGUCGAUGAUAAGACGUAUCAUUUCGAUCACAUCACUUUGAUUCUAGGAGGAUCGGGUAUCACACCGGGGUACCAGCUCAUUGCACGAAUUCUGAAGACCGAACAGGGGAGUGGAAUCAAGGUCAGGGCCAUUGAUGCCAACAGGUCCGAGGAAGAUAUUCUCUUGCGCGGGGAACUCGACAAGUUCGCGCAGGAACAUCCGGACCAGUUCCAGAUCACGUACGUGCUUUCCCACCCUGGGGACAACUGGAAGGGAGAAAAGGGACAUGUGAACGAAGAGAUCCUCCACAAGUUUGCCUUUGAGCCGGGGGAGAAGAAUGCUGCGCUUCUGUGUGGUCCGCCUACCAUGAUUCAGAAAGCGGUCUUGCCGGUUCUGAAGAAGUGGGGAUAUGAUGAGGACAAGAACCUGUUUGGAUUUUAG